AGCUCUGCACAGGCUGCAGAAGCCAAGCAUGAAGCUGUGAAAUGCCCUCUGAGCUUUGCCAGGCUGGUAGAGUGCAGUUCAGACACUCUGGGCAGGAGGGAAGGUCCUCAAGGUAUCCCGAAUGUCUGCUAGUUUCCUUGCUGAAAGUCAUUGCAAUUGAUGAACAUCUGAGAGUCAUUUAUGAGGAUAAUGUUCAUUUUGAUAAAGACCUUCCAGAAUUUAAGACUCAAGGUGGAGCCUAUGUUCACAGUGACAGGCUGACAGUCACUUCUCCUGUGCUAAUGUGGGUCAAGGCUCUGGAUAUGAUUUUAGAAAAGAUGAAAUCUUCGGGCUUUAACUUCGCUCAAGUGAGAGCUUUGUCUGGUGCUGGCCAGCAACACGGGAGUGUGUAUUGGAAGAAAGGAAGCAUCCAGAUUUUAAAGAAUGCAUCGCCUGAACUGCCUUUACAUCAGUUACUAACGGCUUGUUUUGCUGUCAGUAACAGCCCCAUCUGGAUGGAUUCGAGCACAGCUUCACAGUGCAGCAAUCUGGAGAAGGCUGUGGGAGGAGCACAGCGCCUAGCGGCUAUCACUGGAUCUCGAGCCUAUGAGCGUUUUACAGGAAACCAGAUAGCAAAGAUUUACAGCCAGAAUCCUGAGGUCUACAAGCAAACUGAGUCUGCAUCUAGCUGCGACAAAAAUGGUUUGAAGCAAGGUGAAACCUCCAUGCAGAGAAUCUCUUUGGUUAGUAGUUUCGCAGCUUCCCUUUUCUUAGGAGCUUAUGCACCCAUCGAUUACAGUGAUGGUUCUGGUAUGAAUCUGCUACAGAUUUGGGAAAAGGUAUGGUCAGCGUCCUGCCUUGAUGCUUGUGCACCAGGGUUGGAAGAGAAACUGGGAAGCCCUGUGCCAUCCCAUUCAGUCCUGGGGUCCAUUUCUCCGUAUUAUAUUCAGCGAUAUGGGUUUAGCCCAGACUGUAAAGUAGUAGCCUUUACAGGAGACAACCCAGCAUCAUUGGCAGGGAUGAGACUUCAGGAAGGAGAUAUUGCAAUUAGCCUUGGCACAAGUGACACGUUGUUUCUGUGGAUCCAGGAACCGACUCCUGCCGUAGAAGGUCAUAUCCUCUGCAAUCCUGUUGAUUCGCAAACAUUUAUGGCACUUUUAUGUUUUAAGAAUGGCUCUCUGAUGAGAGAGAGGAUCAGAGAUGACUGUGCUUCAGGCUCCUGGGAUGAAUUCUCCAAAGCCUUAUCAUCUACUGUUGCUGGAAACAACGGAAACUUGGGUUUCUACUUUGAUGUGAUGGAAAUCACCCCUGAAGCAGUUGGGAUUCACAGAUUCAACAGUGACAACCAAAAGGUUUCAGACUUUCCAAAGGAGGUGGAAAUACGAGCCUUGAUUGAAGGGCAGUUCAUGGCCAAGAGGAUUCAUGCUGAAAAGCUGGGAUAUAAAGUCAUGCCCAGAACAAGGAUUUUGGCUACUGGUGGUGCAUCCCACAAUAAGAAGAUAUUACAGGUCCUGUCUGAUGUGUUCAACGCACCAGUGUACACUAUUGAUACCGCCAACUCUGCUUGUUUGGGAAGUGCUUACAGAGCAAUUCACGGACUUGUAGCUGAGACAAAUGUGUCCUUGGCUGAUGUUGUGAAAUUAGCACCGGAGCCUAGAUUGGCUGUUACACCAACCACCGGGGCUGAGGAGCUCUAUCGUCCACUUCUGAAAAGAUAUGCAGAGCUUGAGCAGAAGGUGAUCUACAACCCAACCUCUUCUUGUCCUGCGAAAUAAUAAGCAAAAUUUAUACGUUGGCUGCAGUGGACUCCCAAGGAGAUCAAAAGAGAUUUGCUCAGAAUUUACUGGAGUUGUUUAAAUCAUUUUUUCCUCAUUGUAGAUGAAUAAUUUUUAAGUGGCUGAGUUGGAGUGUGUUGAUGGAAAAAGUUACAUUGUGAUCGAAACCCUAAUUAAAAAAAAAUCUUAUUGUUCUGUG